UUAUAGUAUUGCAGUAGAAUUUUUCUAUAUUCUCAACGAGCAUCCAAACUGUCGUUUGAUAUUUUGCUUCUAGUGUUUAUUAUUUACCAUUUGCAGCAAUGGACGGCGAAGGACCGGCGAUCGGGAUCGAUUUGGGGACGACGUACUCGUGCGUGGCCGUGUGGCAGCGCGGCGGCGUGGAGAUCAUAGCCAAUGAUCAGGGCAACCGCACCACGCCCUCUUAUGUGGCCUUCACCACCGCCGAGCGUCUCAUUGGAGACGCCGCCAAGAAUCAAGUCGCCGACAAUCCUAUCAACACUGUUUUCGAUGCAAAGAGGCUGAUCGGCCGCAAAUUUAAUGACCCAACUGUUCAGCUUGACGUGAAAUUUUGGCCAUUCAAGGUCAUUCCUGACUCCAUCAACAGGCCUAUGAUGGUAGUAACUUACAAAGGUGAGGAGAAACAAUUUUCAGCUGAGGAGAUCUCUUCAAUGGUGCUUACCAAAAUGAAGGAUAUCGCCGAGGCAUAUCUUGGAUCAACGGUGAAGAAUGUUGUGGUGACAGUGCCUGCUUAUUUCAAUGACUCUCAGCGUCAGGCAACCAAGGAUGCCGGAGCCAUUGCCGGUCUUAAUGUUAUGAGGAUCAUCAAUGAGCCUACUGCUGCAGCCAUCGCAUAUGGUCUAGAUAAAAAAGGCGGCUCAGGGGAAACGAAUGUGCUUAUUUUCGACCUUGGUGGUGGCACAUUUGAUGUUUCUAUAGUCACGAUUGAUGAGGGCAUCAUCGAGGUGAAGGCUACUGCUGGUGAUACUCAUCUUGGAGGUGCGGAUUUCAACAACCGGAUGGUGAAUCACUUCGUUCAGAUGUUGAAGCGCAAGCGGAAGAAUAAGAAGGCUACCGAUAUUAGUGGGGAUCCGAGAGCUAUUAGGAGAUUGAGGUCUGCCUGUGAAAGGGCCAAGAGGUUCCUUUCGUCAUCUUCCGUGGCCAAAAUUGAGAUUGAAUCAUUGUACGAGGGGACUGACUUCUAUUCGAGUAUCACUCGUGCUAAAUUUGAGCAACUUAACAUGAGUUUAUUCAAAAAGUGUAUGGAGCUGGUUGAGAAAUGCCUGAAUGAUGCAAAGAUGGAGAAGAGCAGGGUGGAUGAGGUGGUGAUGGUGGGUGGGUCGACUAGAAUUCCCAAGGUUGAACAGCUUUUGCAGGAGUUGUUUAAUGGGAAAGAGCUUUGCAAGAGCAUUAACCCUGAUGAAGCUGUGGCUUACGGUGCUGCUGUGCAAGCUGCAAUCUUGAGUGGUGAAGGCGAUGACAAGGUGUCCAAUAUGGUUCUUUUGGAUGUUACUCCGUUGUCGCUUGGUGUUGGAAGUGGGAAAGAUCUUGUUAAAAUGUCAGUAAUAAUUCCGAGGAACACAAGUAUCCCAGCAAGGAAAGAGUAUCCAUAUUUGACACUGAAAGACAAUCAAACUUCUAUGUCCUUUCCGGUGUACGAGGGCGAAAGAAGCAGGGCAACAGACAACAAUCUUCUAGGAAAAUUCGUGCUCGGAGGCAUUCCCCCGGCCCCCAGAGGUGUUGGUCGAGUGAUGGUGUGCAUCGACAUUGAUGCGAAUGGUAUCAUGAGUGUGUCAGCAGAGGAGACGACGACUGGACAAAGGAAGGAGAUCACCAUCAGCAACGACAGGGGUAGGCUGUCCAAGGAAGAGAUAGAGAGGAUGGUGCAGGACGCCGAGAAGUACAAGUGGGAGGAUGAGGAGUUUAGGAAGAAGAUUGCUGCCAUGAAAGCUAUGGAGGACUAUGCCUACAAGAUGAGGAACACCAUCAAAGAUGACAAGAAUGCAGCAAAGCUCACAGAAGCCGAGAAGAAGAAGGCGAUGGAUGCUUUCGAGUCUGCUAUACAAUGGUUGGACUCAAACAACGACCUUGUGGAGGUUGAUGAUUUCCAAGACAAGAAGAAAGAGCUCGAGAGGAUUUUCAACCCUAUCAUUGCCAAGAUGUGUAUUAAAGAAUGAACACUCGAAUAUGUAGAUUGGCAGGAUCAUAGGUGUCUUUUGUCUUUUCUUCCUUUUUGAACUUGUAACUAGUACCCAGAUUUUCUGGAUUUUGUCUUCUUUUCCUUUUUGACUCAGUAAGCAAUGAUAAGGAAGGUCAUAAGUGGUGCACUCCACUGCCCAAAUUGAAUAACUA